GAAUUUUUUUCUUUUUUCUUUUUUAAACAACAAUCAUAAGGCCAUUUGGAAUAAUAUGUCACACCCUUUAUCUAACCCAAAGUUCCAAGCACAUACUAUAUGAGAUAAUUUUAAGCGAGCACGAAUUAAACCGAACAAGAUUUUUUUUACCACCAGUUAAUUUACAUUGGAUUCUAUAUAAACUUCCAAACGGCCACUGGGUUCUGUACUACUCUUACCCUUCACAUUUCUUUCCUACUCUGUCCAAACCACCAUAACCUCAACAAAGUUUACUAACUUCUGUUCUCAGAAAUCUGUUCUUUUUUUUUUUUUUUAAAUCAGAAAUUUCAUUUUUCGAGUGUCUUCUUCAUCUGGGAUUCCAGUGUAGUUUCAUUUCCUUGCUGUUUCGACUUCAAGAAACUAGUAUUUCCGUGCUUCAUUCACUUGGCAAAAUGAAGGACAUUGCACACUUCAUCAUGGGUGUUUUUGGGAACGCCUUUGCUCUGUUCUUGUUCUUGGCGCCGUUGAUAACAUUCAGGAGAAUCGUCAAGAAGAGAAGUACAGAACAGUUUUCAGGAGUUCCUUAUGUCAUGACUUUACUCAAUUGUUUGUUGUCUGCAUGGUAUGGUAUGCCUUUUGUAUCUCCACACAACUUGUUGGUGUCAACAAUCAAUGGGACUGGUGCCGCAAUUGAGUCCAUAUAUGUGAUAAUUUUCUUGAUAUUUGCACCAAGGAAGGAGAAAGCGAAAAUCUUUGGCCUCUUUGUUCUGGUUCUAAGUGUGUUUGCAGCUGUAGUUUUCAUUUCACUAUUUGCUCUCCAUGGCCAAAGCAGGAAGCUGUUUUGUGGUUUAGCUGCGACCAUCUUCUCCAUUGUUAUGUAUGCUUCACCACUCACAAUCAUUAGAUUGGUGAUCAAGACAAAAAGUGUGGAGUUUAUGCCAUUCUUUCUGUCCCUGUUUGUCUUCCUGUGUGGUACUUCAUGGUUCAUAUUUGGCCUUUUGGGAAAGGAUCCUUUUGUUGCAAUUCCAAAUGGCUUUGGAUGUGGAUUAGGAACAGUGCAACUGAUCCUGUACGCAAUUUAUCGCAACAACAAAGGUGAAUCCAAAAAAGAAGCUUCUGAUCAAUCUGUAGAGUUGAAAGAUCAUCUGAAAAAUGGCAAGGCUCAACAAUUUGGAGAGAAGGAAGUUGGACAAGUGUAGCUUGAUUAAUUUGUGCCGCUUCUCCUAAUAAUUAAUUAAAAUGUCCCUUAAUUUACCCUUUUCUUAGUACUUUUGCUUGCUAACGACGACAAUGCAAUUUUUGAUGUUGUUUUGUGUGACAUUCAUGUAAGUGUACUAUUAUGAGUGGAUGUUAAAAAGUUGUGGCUUCUGCAAGGUUUUUUGCAGUUCAAUUACGUGUGGAUUUGCUCGUCUCAUUUCGUAGCAUUGUCCGAUUCAGUGGGUUUUGUGGCAC